UUGAAUGGCGCCACUCCAUUACGAAUUCGAAUAGGGCAACGGUUAUGUAUUGCAAAACCCUAAAGUGCAAAAUCCUAAUCUCUGGUUUGCAGAAACCUUAGUCAAAACAUUACUCCACCGUUCCUCAGAAAAAUUCAGGCAAGUGUUGCACAUCAGAUUAUUGCCAUGAAGAUGAAGCAGAAGAACAAGCUUAAAGGCAUAGACCACUGUGAAAAGCUUGUCUUGGAGGAAGUGAUUGGCUUGACAACAAGAAAUGCAAAUGGUCUGGCUUCGAACAUCUUAACGGGGGAUUGCUUUUACUUGGCAGGUUGUGUUGUUGUGGUGUAUAAUGUUGAAUCAGGUUCUCAAACCCACGUUAUGGUAGCUUCUAGAAUGCCAAAACCUUUGAGUUGUGUGGCGGUUUCUAAAGAUGGAGCAUACAUUGCAGCUGGAGAGUCAGGGCAUCAACCAGCUGUAUUGGUUUGGGAUUAUUCUAAGAAAACUCUUAUUUCUGAGCUGAACGCCCAUCGUUAUGGGGUUGCAUGUAUCAAUUUUUGCCCAGAUGAGAAGCAUCUGUUGUCUGCUGGGUUUCCUUAUGAUGGAUAUAUUUGUCUUUGGAAUUGGAGGAGUGGAGUGUUAAUUACAAAGCAUAUGGCAAGCACAUCUUAUUCUCCCAUUACUUCAGUUUGUUUCUCAUCAAAUGGCAGCUUUUUCCUAACAGCUGGGAACAAGCACUUGAAGCACUGGACUAUGGAGUCAUCUGCAAGGCAUUGUUCAACUGCAGGGAUUGGAACGCUAGCUAUUGAUGGAAGACCUGCCAAUAUUGUCACUCUAAUAGGAAACUCUUUUGCUUCACUAGAGUUUGUGCCUUUGACCAAGGCUAGUUGUCUUGGUAAUGACCAGGAUGUUGAUGUUUUUCCUAUUUAUGCCUUAACAGAAGCAGGUGUUUUAUGCCUUUUGGACUCAGGCUUUUCAGUUAGAAAAUGGGUGGAUUUAAAGGUUGAGAAAGGAUAUGCAUUGUCAGUGUCAGAGAGGUUUAUUGCGUGUGCGUGUAGCAUGGGUAUUGUACAUCUCGUCAUGGUUGAUACUCUAGAAUAUGUGGGAAUCUUGCCAUAUGAUGCAACAAAUGGGGAUCUUGUGAUGGUGGAUGAGACUAUGUGUUCAAAGCUUGACGAGACUGAUUGUACAAAUACUCCUUUUCCUGAUGCAAUAGCUUGUCGAUUUUCAUCCUUCCAUAAACUUGUGGUUGUCUAUGGAGAUCACAGUCUUUAUGUAUGGGAUGUUGAAGCUGUACCUAAGGUUAGUAGGUGUUGUGCACUUUUCCCUCACAGUGGGUGCAUAUGGGAUAUCAAGAAUCUUCCCUGUGGAGACAUUCACAACCGAGCCCUCUCAUUUACUGGAAAGAACUUCUGUAGUGAACUUUGCUUUGCAACUUGUUCAGCUGAUGGAAGUAUUAGGCUGUGGGACCUUGGUUUACAAUCCGACAUAGAGAAGUCUGUUGCCUCAGAAUCUUUGAUGGAAUCCAAAACUUGUAGCCCUAUGAAUGCUGAGUUAUUGGGCGUUAUAUAUUCAGUUAACAAUGGAGGGAUUGAGCAAAGCAUGCAAGAUAUUGAAGGUUCUGCUCAAGGUUUUCGUUCAAUGGCAAUCAGUUCAGAUGGAGAGUAUCUUGCUGCUGGUGAUAGUCAUGGAAAUCUCUAUGUCUAUAAUUUACGUACAUGUGAUCAAACAAGUUUUCAGGAAGCUCAUGACGCAGAAAUCCUUUCAUUGAGUUUCAGCUCUCCUUCUGAGACCUACUGUCAAAGUCAUCACUUACUGGCAUCAGGAGGAAGGGAUAGAAUGAUUCAUAUUUAUGAUGUAAAGAAAGGUUUCGAUCUGGUGGAAACUCUUGAAGACCAUUCAGCUUCUGUAACUUGUGUAAAGUUUGCUUGUAAUGGAAGUAAGCUAAUCAGUUCCAGUGCUGACAGGUCUCUUCUCUUUCGAGAUGUACUCAUGAAAGAUGGUGGAUGCAAGAUUACCCGUCGCCAUCAUCAAAUUGCAUCACAUGGUACUGUCUAUGACUUGGCUAUUGAUCCUGGAACAGGCGUUGCUGUUACAGUUGGGCAGGAUAAAAGAAUUAAUACAUUCAGCCUAUCUUCUGGGAAGCUUGUUAGAAUGCUUAGGCAAGAUGGAGAAUUCGGAGAACCUAUAAAGGUGUCUUUAGAUCCAAGUGGGAACUUCCUGGUUUGCUCCUACUCUAACAAAUCAAUGCGAAUUUAUGAUUUUACAACUGGAGACAUAGUUGCUCAAGCACUAGGUCAUGCUGAAGUGAUAACAGGAGCUAUUUUUUUGCCCGACUGUAGGCACAUUAUAUCUGUAGGAGGGGACAGUUGCAUUUUCAUAUGGAAGCUCCCCACUAUGAUGACACAGAGGAUGUUGCAGAAAACUAUGGGAAGUUUCAAAUCACACUUCUCAAAGGUUUCAAAUGAAGUCUUUUCACAUAAUGAAACUAGCUCCAAAGCCGAUGUCAAUCCUGAGGAUAUCUCCAGACAAUGUCCAUCAAUACCCCAAGUUCGUGAACCUUUGCUUCUUGAAGUUCCCCCUAGAGAUGCCAAUGGAUUCAGAUUCAGUAUAUCAAGGCUUCCAAGAUGGGCACAAACCAAAGUAACAAAUACAAACGGUCACUUCAAGAAUCCCGGAUCAAGUGAAACUAAGCUACCAGAAAUUUGCCACCGUUCUCCAACUGUUAGUAAUGUGGAGGCCUCUUCUGCCACUGGGUUGGCCGAGUUCUUCACUCCACACCAGUUCAGCUCAGAAGUGAGGAAAUUCUCCCUUGGCAACACACCUAAUGUCCUCCUUGCUCCAAAUGUAAGCAAGUUUUCUCAUUUGCGUCGAGAUACAUUAAGUAACUUUGAGAUGGGGAGGCAAUGGCGAACCAUCCAUACUGUCUUCCUCAAUGCAAUGGAAUCCCCACAAAGGGAAGAAGAGAAAGCUGAGAAGGUGACAUUUCCUGUAAUAAGUUACAGCCAAGCUCACUAUGGACAAGGAAAUGGAGACCUCAUCGGCAAUGGAUUACGUGAUGAGUCGUCAUCUUGUGGCUUCAAUGAAUCAGAGAGACUUACACUAGCUGGAUUUUCACCUCAGAAGGAAGAUGAUGCAUCCAAUCACACAUCAUCGACAUGCCUUGAAGCAAAAUCUAGUGAACCUUUAACUGAUGAGCAUCAGUCAGAGGCUGGAAAUACAGAUCGAAAUUUCACUGAUGAUGAAGAAAGCUGUGAUGAAUCACGUGCCGAUGAUCUAUUCAACACUCACUUCAGCAAAUUAUCAACAACACUGAAGACUGAAGGGAGGUCAUCAAUGAGGAGCAGCUUGUCUGCGCAGUAUGUUGUGCGCCGUGAAAGAUUUACAGGACGCAAGAACUUGUUUGAAUCAAUGGCAGAUGAUUUGGGUUCUGCAGCCAUGGACAGUUUUGAUGAGGCCGUGGAUGACAACACCAUGCGUGCGUUAUCUGUAGAUAUGGAAUCCUUUGAGAAAGGGAUUAAGUCGCAGGACGAAGCUCUUGGAAAGGACUUAGGAAGGCUCUCCGAUACAUUGCCAUUUUUCCCGGAUUCAAACCUCUCUCUUGAACCCGAAAGAAAGGAAGAAUCACAUAAAUCAGAUGGACAGGGUCAACUUGCUCAAAAGGAAAAUGAAAACCAAGGACCAAAUACUGAACAAAGUUUCCAGUGAGGGAAAUGAUUUGCCGAAGAAAAUCACAGAAUGGCGAGCUGCACUAACUCAUUUAUACUUUGCUAGUCAAAGAGCAGUUAUUCUAUUUGAAAGAUUGAGAGAUGAAGACUUGGUAAGUGAAUCAGCAGAUUUAUCGGAUACCGCCUCUGAUUAUGUACCUGUGAUAUUAGCGAAUGUCCAAAGGCUAAGUGAUUUAACCUCUGGUUCUCGUUCGAGCACAGCAAUCCAUGGUAAUUUGGAGUCUCUCAUUGAGAGAUUUGCAGACAGUCUUUCAAGUAGGGUGCUUGAGUUGGUUGGGAAGACUCUGCCUCCUUGAGAGAGAGAGAGAGAAAGAGAGAGAGAGAGAGAGAUUGAUAACUGUAAACAGAAAGUCACAAUCAUGUGUACAUAUAACAAAUGCUUUGAAUAUCCCAAGCUAUAUGUGAAAUUCUAACACCAUCAUUCCAUUGGUGGACAUAUGAAAAAUACAAGUAAAUAUUCUCCUUAG